CUCGUAAUUGCUUUCAGAUCCAAAGCUCCAAAAUACUUAGUAAAAGUUAAUAACUUUAUUUAAAGCUUGGUUUGGAAUAUCCUCACUUGAAAAUUGAAUGGAAAAUUAAAUCUGCUUUAGAUUAAAGUAUUUAUUCUAUUAGACAUAUGAGCAGCUUCACUUCACAGUGUUGUUCAUACUAGCAGGAUGCUUUAUUCAUUUUUAGAAGCCAAGAUGUGAGUUUACUUUGACUGUGGUCCUUGUAUUUUUACAGAGCAAAACACAUUUGUGCUUCCAGGGCAGUACAGCUCUUUCCAAAAGGUUUUCUAGCCUUUUACAUUCUCUUCAAUAAAGCUGUAAAUGGUUGAGAAGCCACAGCCAAGGUGGUCUUACUGAAGAAAUUGUCUGUAUUGUGAAGAAUACAAAGCUGUUAACAUACUGCUGCUUGUCUUCAAUAUAAAUACUGGAGGGAAAAACUAAGUGCCUUUCUCCGUCCUCCACCCGAACUCUAGGAAUUGUCUCCUCUUCACUUUGGCAUGUUGUGUAUGUACUGGAAUAUAUUACGUGCUGUAGUAAACGUCAGGGCUGGGUGAGUUUGUCUUUUUGUCGAGCUGCUUAUAAAUAUUUGGGACUGGUCACUCUUUAAAGGCUGUACUGUUUGGAUCCAAGCCUUAAACUGUGGCUGUGGCAGUUCACUGUCUAAUAUUCUCUGUUUGCUCGCAGGUUUGCAGCGGGCUUUUCUUUGGGAUGAGAGAUAGAUCUCCCAAGUGCUGGGAGCUCUGUUGUUCUGUCCUUCAUCUCUUGGUUCAUGCCAACUUUUCUUUCCAGACAUCUGCUGUUUUUCCUGCCCAAAGCUGAGAGCUGUGGGCUAACAACAGUAACUGCCUGUCAUUUAAAUGUUGCUUUUUACUUCUUCAAAACAAACUCAAUGUGCUUCAAGAUGGCUGCAUGACAGAUUUGGGUAAUUGAAGUCCUGUGUGUUAUUAUGGAAGGAGGUGACUAAUAUUUUCAUAAAGCAGUGCUGGUGUAUCUUUAAAUAUCAAAUAUCUCAGGAUGUGAGGAGAUUAGCGCUUGUGAACUGGAUGCAAAGCAGAAGAGUUGUUGUAUGCUUAUCUGUGUAUGCAACAAGUCGGGCAAAUUGUCUCACACAAGGCACUAAAGCAGACUCCUGGAGCAACACGCUGAUGUUUUUCUGCAGUGAAUAAUAAAGUGAUAAAGAAGCAAGGGUCUUUAUCUUGAGGGAUUUGUUGUGAGCGGGCAGCAGGGCUGGAAAUUGUCAGGCUAGAUUUUUAAGACCAAAAAAAGCCUGCAGCAGUAUCUUGGUUCAGCCGAAAGUACUGAAAUGGUUCUGUAAUUUUCCAGGUCAUCUUGUAAUGGAAGAAAACGGACCGUGAUGUUGUUAUGGAAAGAUCUCAUGUUUUGUUUGUAGGCAACCUCAGCAGCACUGGGCAGUCAGAAAUUUGCAGUCAGGGUUUCCAGAUGAAAUACAAAAGUCCUGGUUCUGUAGGGGCUUUUGCAUCAUCUCUGAUUAAUUUACAGUUCAAUGUCACAUCAGUUUAUUUAUUGUUCACUUUAUACAUCGUCUGUCUUUCGUAAGAACAGAAAUUCCUUCUGUCUUGCUCUUGUGCCAUUCAGUUUUGAACUGCUGAAUAUCUGGAUGCUGCAUGUCAUGAUGUAAUUGUAUUUCCUAACUCCCGUUACUGCGCUGCAGAAAUAUUUCAUUGUGACAUUGUGACAGUGGAAUUCCUCAUUAAAAUAAUGCUUGGUGUGUCUCGGUGUAGAAGGAGUUCAGAUCACUUGAAACUCGGAUCAGAUUGCUCUUUCACUACGUGUCAUGUGUGCGUUUGUAUUUUCAGCAUGAAAAUGGAAAACAGAAAUGGGACUUGUGGCUCCUUACAUAGAAAGACAUAGAGCACCGUCUGAGUACGACGUGUUUCCUGACCGUUCAAACGCUCUUUUUUGUUUUUAAAAGCGGCAAUCUCUGCUUGGGAUUAAAGUGCAUUUUACUCUUUUUCCUCUGAAAGCGUGUGACCUGCAUGGCUUCCAGGGAUCCAUCACUGGGACAGAGCGACUCUCCUGCAGCCUUGCCGAUCGCCGUGCGCCUCUUGGGCAGCUCCGCGUCCUCAGCUGCGCCUGCGCGGCCGCCUCCACCUCUAUCCACAGAGGAGCUCCACCUGCUCGAGCCCAAUGGCCAGGCGCUCUGCGAGCUGCAGCCCCUCGGGGCGUCCAGUGCACACAUGAUGAUUGUUGCCAGCCAGUCAGAAAAUGGCCAGGUGCUUCACGUCAUUCCUUCUGCCCAGCCAGGAAUGGCCCAGGUGAUAAUUCCUCAUGGUCACCUUCUGGAUGUCACUGGCACUCAGGAUGCUUCAGAAGAGAAGUGUGAUGAUGGGAACUUGCAGACUGUGGCAGUGGCUGCUAUAGCAGACAGUGCAAGCAGUUACAUUCUCCAUCCACAAGCAUCUCUCACCAUAUCAAAAAAAUCAGCAACCAGAAUAUUAGAAGACUCCUUUCCCAUCCCUCUCCAGCCCUUGCCAACAAAUGCACCUGCAUGGGCGCGUCGUCUCUGGAACUGUGAGAAAAUUGGGGACUCAUACCGCGGCUAUUGUGUGAGCGAGACAGAAUUAGAGAGUGUUCUAACGCUACACAAGCAGCAAACACAAAGUGUGUGGGGGACACGCCAGUCUCCAAGCCCGGCCAAACCCGCCACACGGUUGAUGUGGAAAUCCCAGUAUGUCCCAUAUGAUGGGAUCCCCUUUGUCAAUGCAGGAAGCAGAGCCAUUGUAAUGGAGUGCCAGUAUGGGCCGAGGAGAAAAGGGUUCCAGUCUAAAAAAGCUGGUGAGCAGGAAAGCACUUCUGGCUAUCUAUACAAAGCCACUUGUCCAGCAAGGAUCUAUAUUAAAAAAGUUCAAAAGUUUCCGGAGUACAGAGUUCCUACUGACCCUAAAAUUGACAAGAAAAUCAUAAGAAUGGAGCAGGAAAAAGCAUUCAACAUGCUGAAAAAGAACUUGAUAGAGGCUGGUGGUAUUGUCAGGUGGUAUGUGCAGUUACCCACUCAGCAAGCCCACCAGUAUCAUGAAAUGGAAACUUCCUGCCUUCCUUCUUCACCCUCCCAUUUUUCUGCUGCUUUUCCUGAGGAGGAGGAGGACAUUGGUAGAGAUGAGAAUUGCACUCUGCCUUCCCGCCUUCAUCCCCAAGUGGCAGACAAGAUCCGAGAGCUGGUGUCUCAAGGAAUAGAGCAAGUCUAUGCAGUGAGGAAGCAACUGAGAAAGUAUGUGGAAAGAGAAUUAUUCAAACCUGAUGAGGUGCCAGAGAGACAUAACCUAUCCUUCUUUCCCACUGUGAAUGACAUCAAGAACCACAUUCAUGAAGUGCAGAAGUCCCUGAGAAAUGGUGAUGUGGUAUAUAAUUCAGAAAGCAUUCCAGCGACGCUACAGUGGACCACAGAUGGUGGGAAUGUUCUCACAGAGACAGUGACUGUUACGUUUGCCUCACCACCUUCCAAUGGAAGCUCACCAGGGGAGUCAGUCAUCACCAAAGCAGAAUCCAACCAGAGUGCAGAGACCCUGCUAUCAGAAAAAGCUCAGUUGUUGUCUUCUCUUUCUUCACUUCAGCCCAAGAUAUUUGCACAAUUUCAGGUCAUAAUCUCUUCCGUAGAGAUACAACCUGCAGUGAAAUGCUCUUCUUCUUGCUGUUUGCUUCUCUUGCUGAAGGUAGCCACCUUGGCUUCACACCCCACUAUCCUUUAAACCAGUAUACUUAGCUUUUAGUGCAUAUCCCUUAUGGGAAUAAACAUGUAUUGAGGAAGGAUUUGAAACUCG